AUGCGUUUCACCAGCACCACCGCUCUCGCCAUCCUGGCCUACGUCUCCGGCGCUCUCGCCAGCCCCAUCACCACCACUACCACCACCGACUCCGUCCAAGACCUCGUCCCCAUCGGCACCGAAACCAUCAACGGCAUCGACCUAGUCUGGUACGGCUCCCCGGAGCCGUCCUCAGCUAACCCCCACACCCGCCUGACCAAGGCCGCCGUCGAAUUCGCCAACGCCAACGCCAACACCAAGCGCGACUGCGGCACCAACGACGUGAAAUGCUCUGGCAGCCACAAAGCCAGCAACGGCGUAUGCCAGGCGCUACUGUCGGCUCUCAAGGCCAACGGCGGCAACACGGUGUCGCGCAGCCCGCGCGCUGUGUGCCAGGGCCAGAACAACAAUCAGUGCUGCGCCAGCUGGUCGGUUGAGGUCGACGGCAACCUGCUUUACGGCGACCUGUAUGAUGCCGCUAACAAGGUCAUCGGCCAGUGCAACUCGGGCGGGUCUGUUUCGGGCCUGGCCCGGAAUGUUAACUUGGCUGGCACUUGUGCUACGCAGUGCCUGUCGAACCGUGCUAACGGGUGCAGCUAA